AAGUCUUACUCAAACUUCCAAUAUGGUCUAGAAAUUAUUAAAAACAAAAUAAUCCUGAUAUUGCUCAAGUCACUAUAAAUUUGAUUUCAUAAUACUUGAGAACAAAUUAUUAUUAAAUUUGAAAGAAAACGAAAGAAUUAUGCUAAAUACUUUGUCUAUGGGAUAUAUUUUAUUUGAAAGUGAUUUGAUAUCUGCGUGAACAAAUAAUGAAAGAAGAAGAAAUAUUGAAAUACAAAUGACAAACAUAGAAUCGUACAAUAAAUUUGAUAACUAUAUUGAUAUUAAAAUUUGAAAAAUCAGACGUAAAAUGUAUUCGAACGAAUCAACAAAGAAAUCAAAACAUAGUGGAUCUUCCAAAAAGAGAAGCAAAAAGAAUACUUGGGGAUCACGUGAACGAACUAGCAUGUCCUUUCUGAUUGUCAUUGCAUUUUUUGCAAUAUUUGGAAUCAUAAUCUUAACAGAGGUUUUGAUGAUAGAUGAUAGAAACAGUGUUCAAGUUCGCCAUGUCAAUGUAAAUAAUCGUUUCAGUGAAUCCGUGCCUGAUUAUGAGGAUGUGAAAGAAGAUUACGCGGAUGAUUCAAGUAUUUUUAUUCGAGAGAAUAGAUUUGCAGCAUCAGCAAUAAGUAGCUUAUUCAAGAAGAGAAAACUCGAUCCUCAAGAUAAAUUAAUGAGUGGAAUACCAGUUGUUCCAGACAAUGAUCCAAAUUCAUUAUCAUGGGGACAAAUGUUACCAUCAAAAAUUGAAUCAAACUUGCCUCCUUAUCCUCCAAAUAUAAAAGCAAAAGAUGGGCAUUGGCAAGUGGUUAAUGGAACUCGUUUUAAGUUUUUUGUAUUCUCAGCUUAUUACGAUAGGCGUGAUGGACGUAUGUUAAGAAUAAUAGGUGCAACUAAGACUAGAAGUCCAGAAAAAGUCUGGUGUCGCAUGUGGUAUCCUUUAGAUGGAAAUAAUACUAAAUUCCGUUCUAUUUCUGUAAUGGCGAGAGUCAAAGUUAUUAGAGAAAAUUGGAAUCUCAAAUAUAGUGCUUGUUUUAUCCUUUGUCCAUUACGUUUAUCAUACUUAGAUGUUCCGUACUCUGUUAGUGUGGUGAGCAAAUUACGUAUGCCUCCUGGAAAUAUUUUACUGUUGCGAAACACUGAUUCUGAUCAAGACUUUACUAAUCGAAGUUAUGCUGACAUACCAAAUAAAAUUGCAGUUUGUGUUAAGCCUCUACAUUUUAAUUACGACCAAGCGUACUACAUGCUUGAGUUCUUGGAGUUAAAUAAUCUUUUAGGUGUGACACAUUUUACAUUUUACAAUCAUACUAUUGGUCCAAAAGCAAACUGCAUCUUACAGCAUUACAUGGAAGGAAAAAUUCCACAAACUUUUCUAGUCAAUUCACUUUUACGGCCUAAUAGUGGCGAUAAAAAUUCAACGGGCGAUUUAACAUCGCAUAAUGACAAUUUAACAACAAUUCGAAGUCCAAAAAUCACUGUUGAGAUUUUGCCUUGGAAUUUAAAAAUGAAAUCACAGAAAGAAAUAAGAACCGAAGGACUAUUUAGCUCACUGAAUGACUGCUUAUAUCGAAAUAUGUAUAGAUAUUCGCACGUUGCAUUGGUAGAUUUAGAUGAAUUUAUUAUUCCAAGGCAUAAUGAUACAAUUAGCGAUUUACUAGAUUGGCUCUCAAAAAGAGUAAACAAUAAAAACACGGGUGCAUAUUCAUUUCAAAAUGCAUUUUUCUACUUACAAUUUGCAAACGAUGAAUCAAUUUUUGACAAGCGAAUACCAAACUCUCAAUUAAGAGCUACUCUUGUAACUCAAAAGAAAACUAGAAGGAGACAAAAGCUUCAUCCACAAAAACAAAGGUCAAAAUAUAUUUGUAAACCUGAAGCUGUGAUAGAAGCGGGAAAUCAUUUUGUCUGGGAGUUCAGACCUUCAAUGGGAUCAUUAAACGUCCCAUCCAAUUCUGCCAUACUUCAUCAUUAUCGUGUAUGUGAGUUUGGCGGAUCUGAUUGCAUAAAAUCUCCUUCGGUAGAAGAUAAAACUGCUCAUAAAUAUAGUAGUAGACUAGUCGAAAGAGUAGGUUCUGUUUAUGAAUAUUUAAAAGACACUUGUAAACUUCCCAAUCUUCCCCUGACCCCGACAAAAGCACCACCUACACGUUCGAAAUCAUUACGAAUUGGAAAAUUAGGAAAAAAUGUUGUAAACACGACAACAAACAAUUUAGAAAAAAAUGAUGUAAAAAUUAAGAAACUUUCCUUUUCAUAAGCAAAUCAGUCAUUGUUUAUUUGAUUAUGAUUAUGUUUUUUGAUUGUGAAUAAAAAAAGAUAAUUUUAUGAAAUUAGGAAUUUGCAGAGAUUUUUUUUAAUUCAUAAAAAAAAAUUAAUGGCAUAAUGAGCUGAUUUUUAAUUAUCGUGCACCCCAUACUGCUCAUAUACAAAACUUGUUAUGA